AUGGAUCGUUCCUUUCUAGACACGACUUGGAUAUGGCAUCCUGACUGGCAAGACCAUGGCGUCGACACAGCCGGUAGACUUGUCCACUUCCGGAAGACCAUAGACCUCACCACGGUCCCCUCGGCGCCAUUGACUAUCCAAAUCACUGCAGACACGAGAUACAAGCUAUUCGUCAACAGCCACUGUGUAAUCACCGGCCCUGUCAAGGGCGACGAGCACCUCUGGUUCUACGACGAGGUUGACAUUCAGCCAUUCCUCAUUCAAGGACUGAACCGCAUUUCCGUUCGAGUUCUGCGAUUUUUCCACGCCACGCCUUACGCAACGAGCUUCCCCCGACUUUCGUUUCCUGGUCUCUUUGUCCGCACUCCUGAUCCUUCACAAGACCAUGCUGCCCUGGCUCUACAAAGCGAUGCUUCCUGGGAAUGCGCGAUUGACCACACUACUGUCCUGCGUGUUGAUCAAAAGGAAGACGACUUUUUACAUAUAUACGAAAAUGUCGAUGCCUCCAAGGUAUCCCUGCUCGAUUGGGUACCCGCGCAACCUCUGGACCUGCCGACAUCGCAUGGUCUAUCACCCCCAUGGAUCUUGACGCCACGGAUGAUACCAGUGCCGGAGUCUGUGCCUGUUCGUCCCGCCGCCAUCCACAACGUCCGCAGCCCAAUCGACCACGCAGCUUGGGAGCAGGUUGUGCUGGGGCUGUCAGGUCCUCUCCGACUGCCAGCUGGAACCUCUCACCACAUUGAGAUUGAGGCUGAGCAUCAUUUGACAGCGCACAUCACGUUCCGCUUUCGGCGUCCCGAACAUGCCGGUAGUAUCUUGCGUAUUCGAUACUCCGAGGCUUAUGAGGACGAGCCUGAAUUUGUUCCGUAUAUUCGCCGCAAGGGUGAUAGGGCAGACUUCGGCAAAGGAUUAUACGGCCCAGAGGAUCGCUACGUGUUUGCAGGUCGUCUUGGAGCCCAAGGCAAUGCUGAAUUAGGUUAUCAGUCGGAUCCAACCGCGUUCGAGGUCUUUUCUCCGUUUCACUUCCGUACCUUGCGCUACAUGUCAAUCGACAUCGAUGUCGCACAGAACAGUGAUCUGGACAUGGUUGGCAUCGGCACCGACGAGUUUCACUAUCCGCUGGACGACAAGAGCGGAUUCGACAUCCCGUCUCCUACGGAGCAUGAGGCAACGUACGAGUCCAUUUGGGCAACCAGCGUCCGCACUCUCAGGAACUGCAUGCAUGACUGCUACGAGGACUGUCCAUUCUACGAACAGCUGCAGUAUGCCAUGGACGUCCGCAGCUCUUGUCUUUUUACGUACGCCUUGUCGGGUGAUGAUCGGAUGGCCCGACAAGCCAUCGUCCAGCUUCACAACUCAUACCGUCCAAGCCUUGGGCUUAUCGCCAGCCGCAGCCCAUCUCAUCAACUUCAGGUGAUUCCUCAUUUCUCACUCUUCUGGGUGUGCACCGUCGCGGAUCACUACUUGCAUUGUGGCGAUGGAUCAUUCACUCGCGCCUUUCUGUCAACAUGCGACGGCAUUCUCAAUUCAUUCGCCAGGCGUCUCAGCCCCGACACUGGACUUCUUUCAUCCAGCCUCGAAGCAAUCCAAGCGCACUGGGACUUUGUCGAUUGGACGGACGAAUGGCGUCCUAUGGGCAUUCCAACAGCUUCUCGGCGAACGGGCACUCAAACUUUUACCAACUUCAUUUACGCUUACACGCUCCAAACGAUUGCCGAGACUGUCUCCCACCUCGGUCGCCCAGACCUCGCGGCAGAGUAUCGGUUGCGGGCCCGUGAGAUAAUCCAAGCCACUCGAAAACACUGUUGGCUCCAUUUCGCUUUUACCGACGGCUUAGCAGCCAAGGCUGAUCAUCUUCUGGACUUCAGCCAACACAACCAGAUUUGGGCUGUUCUCUGCGGCGCAAUAGAAGGCGAAGAGGCAAGGACCUUGCUCGGCCGUUGCCUUCUAGAUGCAGCGUGGGACUCUGGCGUGACUUUCCAUGCCGCUCAUGUCCCAAAAUUCACGAGGGUAUCUACUGCCAUGUCAUUCUACGCCCUACGUGCGCUGUCUGCGGCCGGCGGAACCCUCUACGACCACGCCUUUCAUGCUUUUUGGAAUCCUUGGCGGGCUCAAUUGUCUCAAAACCUGACCACAUGGUGCGAAGACGAGGUAACCUUGAGGUCCGACUGCCACGCUUGGAGUUCAGUCCCCCUGUAUGAGUUCAUGGCCGAGGUGGCCGGGUUGGCUGUGGAGAAAGCUAUAGAUUUUUCGAAACUUGCUGGCGACGUAACUGCCCUUGCUCAUCAACAAAAUCAGCGGGAUCAUCUUACCCUUGAGCAUGAUACGCUACAGUCAUGUCGAGAAUCCGACGUCCAAGGGCGUGGCAAGGCACAGGACCUACGGACAAGCACUCCGGAUCCUUAUCUCCUGGAUAGGGACAUGUUGUAA